CCGGCCUCUAUCCUCAUCUCUUACUCGAUUGUCGGUCUUGUUGUCUACAUGGUUAUGUGCGGUCUGGGAGAGAUGGCUGCCUGGCUGCCGUUGUCUUCAGGCUUUACUGGUUAUGCUGUUCGAUUCUGUGACCCGGCAUUGGGCUUUGCUAUGGGCUAUACGUACUGGUUCAAAUACAUCAUCGUCACUCCCAACCAACUCACCGCGGGCGCACUCGUCAUAUCCUACUGGAUCGACAAAGAACGAGUCAAUCCGGGGGUAUGGAUCACCAUAUUCCUCGUUUUGAUCGUCUCAAUCAACUACUUCGGAGUGCGCUUCUUUGGCGAGUUCGAGUUCUGGCUUUCGUCCUUCAAGGUGGUCGUGAUUCUCGGAUUGAUACUGCUGUCUUUCAUCCUCAUGCUCGGGGGCGGUCCGGACCACGACCGCAAAGGGUUCCGCUACUGGAAGAAUCCCGGUGCUUUCAACACCUACAUUGACGACGGGCCCGCCGGCCGGUUCUACGCCUUCUGGGCGACCAUGGUCUCCGCCACGUUCGCGUACCUGGGCACUGAACUGGUGGGUGUGACGGUUGGCGAGGCGGAGAACCCGCGCAAGACGAUCCCCAAGGCCAUCAAACUGACCUUCUACCGCAUCGUGGUGUUCUACAUCCUCAGUGUGCUGCUCGUCGGCACUUUGGUCCCGUAUGACUCGGACGAGCUCAUCUUCGCCACGAAGCAAUCCUCCUCGGCCGCCGCGUCGCCGUUCGUGGUUGCCAUCGUGCUCGCCGGUAUUCCUGUUCUCCCGCACAUUCUUAACGCCUGUAUUUUGCUAUUUGUAUUCUCCGCCGCCAACUCGGAUCUCUACAUUGCUACCCGUACCAUCUACGGGCUGGCCAAGGAGAACAAGGCCCCUAAGUUCCUAGCUAAGACCGACCGACGCGGCGUGCCGAUCUACGCACUGGGGGUGUGCGCGGCGAUCGCGUGCAUCGCGUACAUGAACGUCUCCUCCGACUCCAAAGUGGUGUUCGGCUACUUCGUCGACCUCGUCACGAUUUUUGGGCUGCUGACCUGGGUCUCGCUGUUGAUCACGCACAUCUACUUUGUGCGGGCGCGCAAGACCCAGAAUGUGCCCGUCAGCGACCUGGCGUACCGCGCCCCGUUCGGGGUGUACGGGUCGUACGCCGCGCUGGCGUUCUGCAUCCUGAUCUGCCUGACGAAGAGCUUCGACGUGUUCACCCACAACCAGAAGUGGGGCAACUUCAACUACAAGACCUUCAUCACGGCGUACCUGGGCAUCCCGCUGUAUCUGUGCCUGAUCGGCGGGUACAAGCUAGUGACGCGAUGCUCCGGGGUGGAUCCGUACCAGGCGGAUCUGUGGACCGGGAAGGAUCAGGUGGAUGCGGAGGAGCGGGAGUAUCUGCGGCGGAAGGCGAUGAUGGAGGAGCAGCACCAGGGGGCGAGCUGGUUCUAUCGGACCUUUGUGGCGUGGUUGUUUUAAAGUGGGGGCAGUCAGUAGUCGGUCAUAUGUGGAGGAUAGGCGAACAUGGGGUAAUGAGCUAUGACAUCUUGAGGAAUAGUAAUGCGUUGAUUUCAUUAAGUAUAAUUGCUUGCAUAUGUAGUGGGAGUAGCGAAUCGUUAUCCC